AUGCCGUCCUUUUUUGCCUGGGCCUUCCGGUUUUACAUCAAAUGGAUUCUCCGGUCCAAGACUGUUAUGUCCAAUGCUACCGCCAUGCGAAAGGCCCUACACAGUCUCUACAUCCGCCCGCAAAGCUUCAGCCCGCCCACGAACCUCGGAAACAACAUCUUUAUCGAUCGUGUCGACUUGAAUGCCUGGCCUCUCUACCGCGUGUCAGCGGUAGGUCGAGGGUCAUCAUCAAAUCAGCGUAAUGACCAAAAGCGCGAUGCUAUGGUCUACAUCCAUGGCGGCUCCUUCUUCCAUGACAUUGCCUCACUGCACUGGCAAUUCAUCGCCCAGGUAGCAUGUGAAACCAACCUUGACGUCUUGGUUCCAAUUUACCCGCUCCUUCCUCGACCAGUCUCCAGCGCCGCACAGAUCAACAAGGGACUUAUCGAGAUCUGCCGCAAGUCCGAGCAGCCUAUCGUCUGCAUCGGUGGCGACUCCGCUGGUGGCAUGCUAUCCAUCGCUAUGGCGCAACAGCUUCAGAAAACAGCACCCGAGCUAGCGGCACGCUUGCGAUGCCUUGUCCUUAUCUCACCAGUCCUCGACUGCUCGCUCAGCCAUCCGGAGGUUGUGCGUUUGGAGAAGGACGACCCGUGGCUUGGGAUUGAGGGGCUAGAGGUGCUCAUGCCGAUGCUAGCAGAUGGGCUCCCUAUGAAUGACCCAAUAGUAAGCCCUCUGUACGGCGAUACUGACAACUUGCCCCCCAUCAUCAUGACGAGCGGGACGAGUGAUAUGCUGUGCGCGGACGCGCGGCGGUUAAGCGGCAAGUUCCAAGGCAAGGGCACAGAAGAGCCUGUGCCUGGAAGUUUUCAUAAUGAGAAGCUCACGUUUAUCGAGAAGGCUGAUAUGAUACAUGUAUAUGCACUUCUGCGAAACCCAGAGGGAGCAGAGGCACGGGAGCUAAUUAUGCAUUUUAUCAACAAGUAUUAA